AUGGCAUCGACUACAGUUUGUUCUGCAGCCCGCAUACGCGUGGCUAGCUCUCAAGUACUCAGGUCCAUAGCAAACACCAGGACAUACGCAACCACCAGCCCAGAGUCGAGCAUUCCGGAGACAAAGCCAACUGCCAAAAGAACCCCAACAACAUUCAAAGACAAGCUGAACAAGGGUCCCUCGUUCUCUGACUUUAUAGGCGGUGCAACUGAACCUCCUCUCUCACCUGACGAAGCUUACGCCCUCAAAACCGCCCUCGUCGGACCAGCCGGCAAAAAGAAAGAAAUAACACGUCUUCCGUCAUGGCUGAAGACACCAAUUCCAGACUCUUCGUCUUAUAAAAAGAUAAAGAACGAUCUCAGAGGGCUAAACCUGCACACGGUCUGCGAGGAAGCUCGAUGUCCCAACAUCUCUGAAUGUUGGGGCGGGGGCUCAAAGGCCGCAGCGACUGCUACCAUCAUGUUGAUGGGUGACACAUGUACUCGAGGAUGCCGAUUCUGCAGUGUGAAGACUUCCCGCACCCCUCCACCUCUUGACCCGCAUGAACCGGAGAACACUGCUGAAGCCCUAUCGAGAUGGGGGCUCGGCUACGUCGUUCUCACUGCUGUGGAUAGGGAUGAUCUCGUGGAUGGGGGAGCGAGGCAUUUUGCCGAGACGGUACGACGAAUCAAAGGCAAGGCGCCGAAUAUUCUUGUCGAGUGCCUGACGGGUGAUUUCUCUGGUGAUAUGGAGAUGGUGUCUCUCAUGGCGGAGUCGGGAAUGGAUGUGUUUGCGCACAACGUCGAGACAGUCGAGGCUCUGACGCCGUUUGUGCGUGACAGGCGGGCGAGUUUUCAGCAAUCGCUUUCUGUUCUGCGGGGGGCCAAGGCAGCAAACCCAGAGCUGAUUACGAAGACGAGUCUGAUGCUGGGGCUGGGAGAGACAAAGGAGCAAGUUUUAGAUGCGCUGAAGCAGCUGCGUGCUUCGCAGGUUGAUGUGGUUACUUUUGGACAGUACAUGAGACCUACGAAGCGACAUAUGGCUGUGCACGAAUACGUGAGGCCUGAUGUGUUCGACAUGUGGAAGGAGAAGGCGAUGGAGAUGGGUUUCCUAUACUGUGCCAGCGGACCAUUGGUGAGAAGUAGUUACAAGGCCGGAGAGGCGUUCAUCGAGAACGUACUGAAGAAGAGAGCCAAGGAGAGAAUCGGCGGCGCAGUGGAAGACAGCGUGAAGGGAAAGGACGUUCUCUUGUAA